CAGUCACUAUGUUUAAAGGACUAAAAAUGAAAUCAAGAUUACUGAUGGGCUUAAAAUCAUCCCACGCUGAUCUGACAAUUGCAAAAUUUAUGUUAUUUUAUGGGCCGACCUAUGGCGACAGCGACAUUUAUGAUCUUAACGACUACAAGUCGCUCCUCGAGGACUCGAAUUUCUCAAAAACAAAAAAUACCGUGCUGUAUUUACAUGGCUACUUAGAGGACGCAAAUAUUGAAAGCAUACAUGUAAUUGUAGAUGCCUAUCUGCAGCGGGACGAUGUCAAUAUAAUUAUCUUGGAUUGGGGUGAAUUGGCUAAUGGUAAUUACAUGUUCGAUGCAGUGAUCAAUUGUAAACAGCUUGGAUCAGUACUUGCGAGAUACUUGGUUAAUAUGUUUGAGCUGGGCUUGGAUAUAAAGAAAUUCCAUAUAGUUGGUCAUUCACUUGGUGGUCAAAUGGGUGGUAUAAUUGGCAGAGAAGUGUACAGGCGGAGCGGCAAAACGAAAAAAAUCUCCAG